AUGAAGCGGAAGCUGCGACUUGUGACUUGGAACGUCAAUGGGCUGCGUGCGGUUCUGCAGCGUCUGGAGCAGAAUCUGCAGCAAUUCCUGGAGAGUCUCGAAGCCGACAUAAUUUGUCUGCAAGAAUCGAAGUUGACGCGCUCGGAACUUGACGAAGAGCUGGUGCGGCCUCCAGGAUUCGAUGCUUUCUACUCGUUCUGUCGACAUCGAGGUGGAUACUCGGGUGUGGUGACGUUUGUUAAGAGCGACCUGCCAACGGUAGCAGCUGAAGAAGGGCUCACGGGGCUCUGGAAGACUAAGGACAACGUGGGGCACGUCGGAUCUCUUCAUAACGAGCUUCCAUCAAAAUUGGUCAAUGAUCUGGAGUCUGAAGGACGGUGUAUCAUCACCGACCACCAAGCUUUUGUGCUGCUCAAUACUUAUUGUCCCGCUCUUGCGUCCUCGGAUCGCCUGGAAUACAAACUCCAAUUCCAUGCGCUACUAGAAGACCGAGUCAAUGCUCUGCGAGCAGCAAACAAGCGCGUUGUUGUUGUGGGAGAUAUUAAUAUUGCGCAUCGAGAAAUUGACCAUUGCGACCCGCAAGCGCAUCGAUCGGACGGUAAUUCUUUUGGAGAUCACCCUUGCCGAAAGUGGAUGGACUCAUUUCUUGGAUCAUCGGAUGAGACGUCUCUUUCAGAACCCAAUCGUGACGAAAUCACCGGAGUAACUGGAGUCAAACUGAUUGACACGUACCGUCAUUUUCACCCUGAUCAGGCUAAAGCUUUCACGUGCUGGAACACUCAAACAGGGGCGCGUCAAACAAAUUAUGGAACCCGAAUUGACUAUAUUCUAGUAGACCCCACGUUCGUCGAAUGUGUAUCUACAUGCAGUAUUGACGCAGAACGCGUUGGAUCUGAUCACUGUCCGGUUGCGAUGUCGUGCACGGUGGAGUUAGAAACAGAUUCAAGUACCAACAUUGGAAUUACUGCAGUACUGUGCGCCAAAAAAUUCGCGGAGUUCGCAGGCACACAACAGAGUAUCAAGUCGUUUGUCGUUCAAAGUCGCAGUGUUGGUGCUGAAAACCUCUCGGGACAAAGCGUGACGUCUCCAGUGCGCUCUUCAUUACGCUCGAAGAAACGUGGCCAGCAGUCAAUUACGUCGUUCUUCAGUAAUUCAGGCACUAAACGAAAGGCUCCUUCAUAUCGUGAAGUAUCCUGGAGUGAAGAAUCCUCUACGUACAGAAUGUUUUCUGAGUCUGUACGAAUUGUGAAGACGUCUGAAAAUCGGAAACCAGCAGAAAAAGAAAAGCUAGAAUGGGCACAGGUUCUUAAUGGCCGGCCACCUCCAACACCUUUAUGCCAUUGUGGUCAACCGACUGUGCUUCGAUCAGUUCUGAAGACGAACGAGAAUUGGGGUCGCAAAUUUUACGUCUGCACUAAACCAGCGGUGAGUUCUAUCUGAGAAACACCAUGUAUGUUCUUUGACAAAUGUGUUUUUCAUUAACAGGGUGAGAAGGGGAAUCCUGAUGCGAGGUGCGAUUUUUUCAAGUGGGCUGAUAACAAAGGCGCCAAGAGACCGAAGACUCAAUAACACGGCGUCAGAUCCUCUUAUCAGCGGGUUGACGCCAUAACAGAGCAACCACUAUGAAUUGAAAAUUGGCAAUCUCGCAGUAUACUCUUCUUUUGUACUUUGUGCUAUAACCC